UUAUUUGUAAAUUUGUAUGGGCAUGAACGUCUUAUUGUUGUCAUAAUUUAAGAUGCAGAAAUUAUCUAAAACAAAAACAAUUCCAAAAAUUCUUAAUCUAUAUACCUAAUGGUUUCUAAAAAAAUUCUUAAAAAAGAUAUAAAAAUGGUACUGCAGAAAGCAAGAGUACCUAAGUGUGUAUCUAAAAGCAGACGACGUGUGUAUGUGUGUACAUACAUACGUACAACGUUAGGUACUGGUACUACUAACGCGAGUGGUGAAUGAAGUGAAUGGGAGUGAAUUUUUGACGUGGCAUUCUUCCCGCGAAUAUGCGCGUUCUCUUUCGUGAAAGUUAUGGGAACGAGAGAGAGAUAGUUUGCAUAAAGUCAAAAGAUGAUUUCAGCGCAAGCGAAACAAGACUUGGUCUCACCGAAUCGCGAGCCAUUCAUUCCCGGAUCGUGUCCAUCCUUAAACAGAUAUUUCUGCCGCAAGGCUAUCCGGACAGUGUACAUCCUGACUACACUGCAUAUCAAAUAUGGGAUACUGUACAGGCUUUUGCAAGUACUAUAACAGGUACGUUGACGACGCAUUCUAUAAUGAAAGGGAUAGGUGUCGGAGAGUCAAGUGCAACACCCUUGGCAGCAGCGAUAACGUGGAUUCUAAAAAGUGGUACUGGAAUGAUUGGCAGUAUAAUGUUUGCAUGGUGGAAUGGAACUGAAUUAGACGGACAAUGCAAAAAAUGGAGGUUGUUUGCCGAUAUCUUGGAUGACAUAGCCAAAGGGAUAGAAUUACUUGUGCCAUAUUUCUCCUCAUAUUCUGUUGUAAUUCUGUGUAUUUCAACUACUAUGAAGUCCAUUGUUGGUGUUGCUGGUGGAGCUACGAGGACAGCGCUAAUUCAUCAUCAGGCGAUACACAAUAAUGUGGCAGAUGUCUCUGCAAAGGAUGGGAGUCAAGAGACGUGUGUAAAUCUAAUCGCGUCAUUCUUUGGAAUUUUUAUAUUAUCUUUAUUCCACGAAGGACAAUAUUUAUUAGAAUUAUAUCUCUUCCUGGUGGCAGUCCAUCUCUAUGCGAAUUAUUCGGCAGUUAAAGCAUUGUGUUUAGAUACACUCAAUGAAGAUCGUCUGGCUAUAAUUAUUAAAAAUUAUAUGAUGAACGAGCGAAUUCCCAAUCCGCGGAAAGUGAAUAAGGAAGAAUCGGUAUUUCUACUUAAAAAUUCUACCAGAAGCAUACAUGAUUUUGAUAUAAAAAUUGGUGUAUCGUUCGCAAAUAUCAUGAAAAGAAAUAUAAUUUCGUGCACGGAAAUGGAAUUUUUGUUAAAAUUCUUUGAAAAUAAAAAGUACAUAAUAACAGCAGAUAUUGAAAAACGGAAUAUAUUUAUAAUUCUUAAAAAAGAUAUACAAUCUGCCGAAAUACUGGAAGCAUAUUUUUAUGCUUCCAUGUAUGCUUUCUACCUUUGUCUAGCAAGAAAAAUACCAAUAGAUAUGCUGUUGAAAUCUGAAACAUCUGAAAUAUCGUAUCCAUUGUUGAAUACAUAUAUCCUGCACAGGAUAUUUACUGCGAAUUCAAAUAGCGAUAUGUCGGUCGUAACUAUACAAAGUAUCCAUGCUACAGAUAUAAUUGUUUCUAAUGAGUAUAAAGCAUUCCUUAGCACUUUAGAAAUGAAUGGAUGGAAAACGAAGACUAAUUUGUUGGCAGUUGGCGCAUGGAGAUUUUCCAUGGAUAAUGAUUGAUAAGAUCAAUUAUCUGUGAAUUAAACUAGAAGUAAAUUGUUGAGAGAGAGAAAAUUAAGCUUAUAAUUG